UGUCAAUUUGUAAAUGUAACAACGCUCGUAGUGCUUAUUUAUCUUUGUUAAAAGCUUUGGAGCUGUACAUCAUUUUUGUUAUUAAAAAAAUAUAUAAUAUUUUUUUAUGUUAGAAUAAAACAAUUAUUUUCUAGUGAAAAUAUAUAAUGUCUUCAGAAACAACUCAAGUCAGUUCUUUACCAUUGCCUCCUUUGCAAUACAUUAAUUUUUAUACUGAUGAAAAUGUUCGAAGAAAUAGAGCCCCUUUGGCUCCAAGGCCCAUACAUGAUUCUUACCAGAUGUUUGGACAUACAUUUAAUGCUGAUGAUACGAUAAUAAGAUCUCUAGAAAGCCAGGGAUUUCGGCGCCUUUAUCCAAUGCACUUUGAAAGAAGAAGAGAAUUGAAGAAGUUGAAUCACUCAUUAUUAGCCAAUUUUUUAGACCUUUUAGAUUUAUUGGUUCACUGUCCUGAUUCUCCUAAAAGAGCAGAGAAAGUUGAAGAUCUAAGUUUAUUGUUUAUCCACAUUCAUCACCUUUUAAAUGAAUUUAGGCCACACCAGGCAAGAGAAACAUUGAGAGUGAUGAUGGAAUUACAAAAACGUCAAAGAGUCGAAACAGCUAUGAGAUUUCAAAAACAUUUGGAUAAAGUACAAGAUAUUUUACAAAAUGCACUUCAGAGCUUGCCAGAUCAAAAUGAUAUGGAAUCCAACUUUAAAGUACCUACAGAGAUAUUAGAACAUAUGGACUGCGGUCCAAUUGAUAGUGCUAAUCUAGACCCCUGUUAUGAGCUUGAUAGAAUUAUGUGUAAUGUAGUUGAUAAUAUGAGAUAAGUGAAUUUGUAAAUGGUAGGUUCAGUUUUGCAUAUUAAUAAAGCACCUCUAUAAAUCCUACAUGAUUACAUUACUAAGGUCUACCUUUUUUCCUUAACUGUAUUUUAGUAUAAUUAAUUAUGUUAUUGA